ACGCAUAACGAACAAAUACUGUGGGAGAGUUCUCUGUGUUCUUUAAAAUAUUCUCUCUCUCUCUCUCUCUCUCUCUCUCUCUCUUCCUCUUGAGUCUUCGUUCUCUGCGUCUCUCUCACCUUUUCCCAAAUCGACGAUGUCGUCUCUCAUAAUUUCAACGUAUUUUAAUCUCAACAAGCUGAGUAUUUUAAAGAUAAAUCCGCAGAGAAUGGGGAGCGAACCCAUCCACCAACACUCUGAUCUCUGCGCCUUAAUGGUUGCCCCUCUCUCUCUUUCUCCUCUUCUUCUCUCUUUGCUUCCUCUUUUUUGCCCUAAUAUAUGGUUCCUUCCACCAAUGGAAAACCCUACUCCUAAAUAAAUUUGCGACGACUCCUUUCGAUUUCAUUGCUUCCUCUAUAACUGUCCGCCGUGGCUUCUCUGAACUUGCCAGGAUUUUGUCUCGAUGUCGAACGAGGACGAAGGAGAGGAUUUCCAUGGUCCUGAUGGGGGUACUCUUAGUGAGACCUGGGCUGGGUUUUCUUCCAACCAAGAUGGAAAUGAUGGUUCGUCCAAUGGAGAACCUCAGGAUGCAGAUUAUUCAUACGUUUCUUCGCUCAAUGAUGAGUUAGCUCUUCUUAUCUUGGCGAGGAUUCCGCGGUCAGAUCAUAGGAAGUUUUAUUCUGUAAACAAGCGAUAUCUGGCUCUGUUUAAGAGCGGCGAGCUCUACAAGAUCAGGAGAGCUUAUGGGAUUAAGGAGGCUUCUGUUUUCAUGUUGGCUUGUGGAGAGCGACAUUGGUGGGCGUUCGACAGGCAAUUCACUUCUUGCCGGAAGGUCCCUGUAUUGCCGUCGGACGGGUGCUUUGCCUCCGGCGACAAGGAGUCGCUCUGUGCAGGAACCCACCUUCUUGUUUCAGGCAAGGAGUUUGAAGAUAUGGCUAUUUGGAGGUAUGAAUUGGUGAUGAACAGAUGGUUUAAGGGUCCUUCCAUGAUCAAUCCAAGGUGUUUGUUUGCGUCUGCCAGCUGCGGUGACGUCGCUUGUGUUGCAGGUGGGAUUGCGAUGAGUUCCAGGGGAACAGAGAUCUUAAACACUGCUGAGAAAUAUAAUCCGGAGUCCAAAUCAUGGGUUUCCCUUCCCCGGAUGAAGGAACGCAGAAAGCUCUGUUCAGGCUGCUUCAUGGAUAACAAGUUCUAUGUGAUUGGUGGGCAAAAUGAAAGAGGGGUUGAUCUCACUUGUGGGGAAGUCUAUGAUUCUGAAAAGAACACCUGGAAAUUAAUUCCAAACAUGUUGGAGAAUGCUCCAGUUUUAACUCCUUCGGCUUCCAGGUCUCCACCACUGGUUGCAGUUGUGAACAAUGAGCUCUAUUCUUUAGAACCUUCCUCAAACCAACUGAAAGUUUAUUUGAAGAAUACCAAUUCAUGGAGGUAUUUAGGUGAAUCCCCGGUGAGAGCUGAUCAGAGUAGAGGAUGGGGUGUAGCUUUCAAGUCUCUGGGUGAUGCACUUCUGGUAAUUGGUGGGACUAGUCCUCAUGGAGGCAAUGGGAUGACCAUAUAUACUUGCUACCCUGAACCCAACGAUCCUGGGAAUUUGAUGUGGAAGUUUCUUGGCAGUGGUGGUAAGAGGAUGAGCCACUUCAUUCUAAAUUGCUCUGUGAUGGUAGCUUGAAGUUUGACCUUUCGGAGUCUCAAGGGAAUAAAAGCUAGGUUGGUGAGCUCGACAAGAUUAAUUAUCACAAGCUUAUUGGUUCAGUUGGUUGUGUUAUCCAAUACAUAUGCUUCUUCUUUGUGAUGUGUUCCUCAGUAGUCAGGAUUUGUGGGAUGCCAUUAACAUGUAACCCUGGAUUUGAUCUUUAUGUAUGAAAGUUGUGAUUUCUCAUACCAGGAGCUCUGCAAAACUGCUAUCUGUCAAUAAUGUUUUGUUUGGGUGAAGGGUUAAGGUUGAGCUGCGACCAACAACAGUUAUGGUGUACCAUAGGACCUGAUCCUUUGUUUCUGCUUUUUAUGCUAAAUUGUGAUUGUGAUUUUGAUUGUGA